GCUUCCUCUUUCAUAUUCCGACUAAAUUAUGAGAUAUUCUUAACAAAAAAUGCAUUUUUUAUUUUCUCCCUGCACUCAAAAUUUCAUUUUGAAUGCUUAAGCCUCUGCUUUAUCUCGUUUAACUUCGAAACCUCAUCUGCCAUUAUCUUCUACAUAGAUUUUUGAUUCUGUGUUUAUUUUUGAAGUUCUAAGAGUAAUGAUUAUGUUGCACGAGAGUGUUGCCCUCUGGAAAUUCUGCCUGAUUCUAGAAAAGCUCCGGGUUGAGAAAAGUUUUUAUUUUUGGAUAUUUCAAAUCAUAUCUUUAAUAGUUAUAUUAUUAGCACAUAACUAAUAAGAAAAAUCUAAAUUUUUUUUCACUUUUUUUAAGCCCAUUUGAACCGUCAUCUCUACAAACGCUGCUCUGUUUCUCUCUGUUUCUUUAGUUCUGCUAGAUUUAUACAGACUUCAGAUCUGUUUGAAGGAUGGGCCCUAUGUCUUUGCCUCCUGGUUUCCGCUUCCAUCCCACAGAUGAUGAACUGGUGGGAUAUUACUUGAAGAGAAAAGUGGAUGGGCAAAAAAUUGAACUUGAAGUAAUUCCAGUGGUAGAUUUGUACAAGUUCGAUCCUUGGGACCUUCCAGAGAAAUCAUUCCUGCCAAAGAGAGACAUGGAAUGGUUCUUCUUCUGUCCGCGCGAUCGAAAAUAUCCAAAUGGAUCUCGAACGAAUAGAGCAACCAAUUCCGGCUAUUGGAAAGCUACCGGCAAAGAUCGAAAGAUCACCUGCGAGUUCUCGAUCGAAGGAAUGCGAAAAACUCUAGUUUUCUACAGAGGAAGAGCUCCGGGAGGAGAAAGAACUGACUGGGUGAUGCAUGAAUAUCGCCUCUGCGAACAUCUUCCUCAAGGAACUGUAUCUUUCAUGGGAGCUUAUGCUUUGUGCCGCGUAGUUAAGAGAAACGAGCAUCAAGGAGUGAGUAAAGUAAAAAGAGUUCUUUUUUCUGUCACAAGUGAGACUAACAAGAGGAAAUGCAAUAGCAAGGUCUCUAGUAGUAGCUUAGAAGGAAAUUCAGCACAAGUGGUAAACCUUUUAGAUGUGAGCAACGGUCCAAUUCAUGCAAAUUGUCUCAAUGAAACCGACUUUGAGUUAGCCUCAAGUAUGGUAGAUGUUUCUCCAUCUCAGUACCGGGGCCCGCUUUUUUCGUCUUAUUACCCCCUCAAGGGCAUUACUCUUGAAGAUGACAUAUCUGAGCAAAAUUUCCCAACUCAGUUUCCUUACUCCACAGAAUCAUGCCCAACUAAUGGAAUUUCUCCAGUUUCAUCCUUCUCAAGCCUCUCUGAGGAAACCUUCUCCGUCGAACCAGUCGACGACGGAAACUGUUUCUCUACCAUCUGCAUGAGCCCAUUUCACUCAAUGAACAUUUACCACCAUGAAGAAAACUUGUCAUUUCAGAACUUUGACUGGGUUGCUGACAGAAGCAAUGGAUUUGAACAGUGGAAUGCUGUGAUAUCUUCUCCAUUAUGUCGUCAAGAGAGCGGGGAAGAACAGAAUUUAUGGUCACAGGAAGAUGGCUUGCUGUUUGUGAUUUGAAGGAUUAUUAUUAUAUAUCUCUAAAUUAUGAUGGAUGGAAUUAGUAUUAUGAAUGUGAAGUCUUAUAGUCUAUUUGGGACAGCUGUCGAUUAUUUAUAAUCAGCUGAUAAACAGAUUAUUCUGAUAAUUUGAUAAUCUGCAGCUUAUCAUAAUAAACUGAUAUGUUGUUUG